AUGCACGUUGGGCACUUUAUCAUCCUUUUCAAGCCUCAUGUCAGCCUCCCGGAGGUGAAAGAGUACGCUAAGCAAAUCCUUCAUCAAGGCGGAGAAAUCACCCAUGAAUUUGACUUUAUCAAGGGGUUCGCUGCUGCUUUGACGGACCAGUCGCUCCAAACGCUGCAAAGUCUCCGAGACAACGAUAUCGUUGACUCAAUCGAGCCUGAUCAACGUGUGACUACGCAAGGGUGA